AAAGUGGGCUUACGUAUACUCUUGAUUCCUCCCCUGGGUGUGCGCUCGACUCUCGGCUCAACAAGGGCGUCAUGGCUGCGCCAUCGUCCUCGCUGAGCUUUCGCUGUCGCUCGCAUCGCUGCGUGUAAAGCGCGUCCCUCCAUCGGUUCUGAACAACCAGCUCGUUUGCACUCCGUACCUCUGAGGCAGCUGGCUGUCGUCUAUCCACGGCCACACACGCCGCGGAUACAGAAUACCAGCAGGCAGUGCUGCCUCCGAGGUGGAAGGUCGUAAUCGGCCUGCGACGCAGAAAUGAAGAUCGCGUGGCUCGCUCUGUGCGUCAUGGCUCCUCUGGGAGUUCAUGGGGGUCUUUUAGACUCCAUCCGUGAACUCAAAGUGCAAAAAGCGCAACAACGGUCGCAGAAAACUAUCGGCGAUGUUGUGAAUAGCAACAACGGGCUGGGCAUCAGCCUUCUCCAAGCCUUAGGCGAACAGAAUGUGCUGCUUUCUCCAGUUAGUGUCAACAUCGUCCUUCAUAUGGUUCUCAUGGGAGCGCGCGGACGCACAGCCUACCAAAUGUCCGCUCAGAUGGGCAAUCCUUCAAGUGCCCUCAUGAGUGAGCUUCUGGGCAAAAUGUCAUCCCCUGGCGGCGGCAGCAGGGCCACAGCUUUGGAUCACGCCUCGGCUGUGCUCAUUCAAGAAGGCGCUCCCUUUAAUGCCAGCUACUAUCGCGAGAUCAACCGACUGUUUGACGCCAGCCUCGCAACAGUGCAAUUCGGCCAAGGCCGAGGAAGCGACGUCGUCAAAGAGGUCAACGAGUGGGCCAGCAGAAAGACUCGUGGACGGAUACCUCAUUUUCUGGAAGAGGCCCCCGAGGAAACCACAAAGAUGCUGGUACUCAACGCUAUGUAUUUCAAAGGCGACUGGAAGACUAAGUUCGAUCCCGAGUUCACCGACAAGCGUGUUUUCCGCAACGAAGAUGGAACCAUUGCCAAUGUUCCCAUUAUGUUCAUCAUUGAAACCUUCGAUUUCGGGCAUGACGACGGUCUGAACGUGGACGCCCUCAGGGUGCCGUACGCGGAUGACCAGUAUAGCAUGAUACUGAUGCUUCCGCGAAAUCGUCAGAGCCCCCUGGCGAGCGUUGUGCAAGGCCUGAGCGCAGCAAAGAUAAACGAAAUCAUCGAUAACAUGGAGCCCGAGCAAGUUGAGCUCAGCCUUCCCAAGUUGAGCUUGCAGAAGAUGCUCAAGUUGCGCGCUCCUCUCGAGAAACUAGGGCUCAGAGUGCCCUUCACGGACGCCGCGGAUUUCAAGGGAAUAAGCAAAGAAUUGGACCUGCGACUUAACGAGAUCCUCCACAAGGGGGCGUUGGACGUUGAUGAGGUGGGGACGCGUGCCGUCGCGGCGACGCAAGCGCAGUUUGUGUCCAAGUCCCUCGUGCACUUCAAACAGUUCACUGUUGAUCGCCCAUUUUUGGCGCUUAUCCGGCACGAACCCACCGGAGCGAUCCUGUUCAUUGUUCAGGUCGUAUCCAUGCAGGCGUGAUCUGCGACACGAUAUCACACUGGAUAAUUAUAAGGACAAGAGUUUUUUGUAUCGAAAGGUCAUUGUGGCUUCGUGUGCAAGUCUAUUGAAGAAGUGGGCGUCCUUGAAAGGCGAAUGACUCAAGUGUUCCUCAUGGUGAAACCCUUAUACGUGCAGUGUCGUGUUUCACUUCAAGGUGUUGUCUCCGAAGCUUUUCCCGAUGCUGCGUGCCUCGAGUGCUCUGAAACUGUGAAACAAUUUAAACAGAAAACAGAAGUGUCAGUAGGCGAUAUGGUAUUUUCGUGAAAAGUGUCUGUGAAUUGAAAUGUAACCACAAUGUUAUUCUUCGCAUUUGUGAACACAGUGCUUGUUUUUCGCUUCAACUUAAGAUCUAUUGCAUUUUUUUUCUAGCUAGUGUGCAACAAUCAUAAUUAAACAUAUCAUGAACAUCGUCA